AGGAGCAACGAAAAAAAUUGAAUACAACAGCAACUCGAUUGUCUAUUUGAAAGCGUAAAUGCGAGAGAGGAUAAUUAACGUACAUACACGUGUUCAAAAUCACAAUCACAACGGACAACGUUAAACAUAAGCGAUAAGGUUGAUAACGUGAGGCAUCAUUCACGAUAGUUGAUGUUGUCGACUACAUACAGAAACAACGAAGUUGUAAAACAUCGCAAAACUACGAAGAUCGGAAGGAAUACAAUCAUACAAGACGUCGAACUCGCAUAACAGCCGUAUCGAAGAAAUCAUAAUUUAUAAACAACACCUGUGGUAACUACCACAUCAAGUACUAGAUUCCAGAACAUCAUCAUCCAUCCGAGCAGUAAGAAUUGAUCAUUCAUAAACUACAAGUGAUCAGCAAGAUGAAGCAGAGUAUCGCUGCCGCCUUGUUCUCCCUUGUGGGUUUUUUGUUUUUCCAUGGUCCAGUGCUUGCCAUGGCUAUGCCAGGUAGAGAAGGUCGCGGCACGACCGGAGACGAGCACUUGGCACGUCCUGCCAGGGAAUUGGAUUUGGACGGUUUGUUAAGGCAAGAUAAAUGAUAAUACAGAGAUCCAUCAGUUUCUUUUAUUGACGAUGAAAUCCCACAAGCUUUAAGUAAUUCACACUUCCUAUAAUAUAUUGUUCUCAAUUGGAUUGAAAUUUGAUUAUCGUAGAAACCGACUUGCGCGUAAUUGGGAGACGGGCAACGCCCCGGGUGGCAGGUAUUAGGUAUGUAAUUGCCCCUGCCUUUGCUCCUAGGGUCCUGCAUUUUUAAAAUCGUAGGGGCAGUAGCGUAGUUUGUUAAGGAGAUUAAGAGCUCCCCCCUACGCCGGUAGCUACGCGGAAAGUACGCAGGUAGGUUCUGACUUAUCGGAACUCGCUCGCACUACAAAAAAAAAGGAUGAAUUGAAGUGGAGUCCAUUGGCCACAAUAUUAACCACAUUACCUUAGUGCUAAGUAUUGCAGUCAUGUUUGGCAGCCGACCGUUUUUGACCGAGCGCGAUGGUAGAGGUGCA